CAACUAAAUGGAAUUCCCAGCUUCGCGGCCUCUGUACAAAAGGGCACAAUAAAAUUGGAAAUUGGAAUUGGUAAGAGGAGUAACAGAGAAGCAGAUGGCGAGGGCGGCCAUUUUUAGGAGCUUCUUUAUCUCAAACAAGAUAUCUUCAUCCUCUCUCUCUUUCCCCUUCUUCCGGAAGGCUUCGCGUCUCUUCCGCGCGACUCAUCGCUUCCGUUCCUAUUUAUUACCUUCAGUUUCAGCAGUGUUCCCCCCGUUGCCCAACCAAACCCUUCCUUCCCCUUCUUCGCUGUCUUUGUCAGCAAACAGGCAUUUCCAAAGACGAUUGUUCAGUUCAUCAGAAUCCGAAGCCACUGCCACUGCCACUGCCACCGCCACACGCCGGAGGAGCAGGAUAAGCAGCGCCGCCGCAAAGACCAACUUCGCAUUGUCCGAAACCGAGUCCGAGUCCGAGAACGAAGAUUCGGAGGCGACCCAGAAGCAGAAACCCAAGGAAAUCGACAGGAGCAAACUCCCUCCGCCUUACGAUCCCUUCAGCAAGAAGCCGGCGAUCGAGGAGCCCAGGGACCCCACAAACCUGCAAGAGAUCUUCCACAACAUGAAGACUGAAGGUCUGAUCUCGAAUGCCGUAAAGAUGUUCGACGCAUUGUCCAAGGACGGACGCACCCACGAGGCGAUUGAGCUCUUUUCCCAGAUCAAGGACAAGGGCCACAUGCCCGACGUGGUGGCCCACACCGCCGUCGUGGAGGCCUAUGCCAACGCCGGCAAGGGCAAGGAGGCCCUGAAAGUGUUCCUGCGCAUGCUGGCCGCCGGAGUUGAGCCCAACACCUACACCUACUGCGUACUGAUCAGGGGAUUGGCGGCGGAGGGGAAGGUGGGGGAUGCCAGGAAGUAUACGGUGGAGAUGAUGGGAAAGGGGAUGAGGCCGGACGCGGCGACGUGCGUGGCGGUGUUGGAGGCAUUCGUGAGGGAGCAGAAGGUGGAGGAGGGGAGACAGCUGGUGGAGCAGAUCAAGGCCAAGAGAUUGUUGCCCAAGGAGGAGGAUCUCCGGGAGGUGCUCAAGGGUAAGAGAGGUCCGGUGUCUAGAAGUGUGAUGAGCCUUCUCUUCCCCAAGUAGUUACUUUUGUUUCUGUCACAAUAAUUUAAUCACUUGAAAAUGGCUGCUUUGUUUCGUGUAUUUCUGUUACUGGGCAGGCAGUACAGAAUGCUACGGCUUUGUUCCCUCUUUUGUUGGACUGUAGAGUGCAGAAGUUUCUUUUCCUACUUGUUAAGUUAUACUCUUAAGGUUGGAUUUGGUUUUGGUGAAUGUCUAACAAAGAAGUCUUAAUUUUGGUUCUAAAA